GCCAGACAGACUCAGACGGCCACCCUUUCUGGGUAAACUGUAGAUACUGUAUCCCAUCAGCUGUUAGGGAAAGCAGGCUUCAGCCAUGUGGUCCUCUGUAGCUCAGCUGGUAGAGCACGGCGCUUGUAACGCCAAGGUAGUGGGUUCGAUCCCCGGGACCACCCAUACACAAAAAAUGUAUGCACGCAUGACUGUAAGUCGCUUUGGAUAAAAGCGUCUGUUAAAUGGCAUAUUAUUAUAAUGUGCGUGGACCCUGAGCAGGGACCCACCAAAGACCAAGGAGACCUGCCAUCCUGAGGUCAUCGUGCUACACAAUCUCUUGCCUUUUAGACUGGCGCCAUGAUUUAGUUAUAGUCAAGGUAGGUCUGUACUGAAGAAAAGUCCACAUUUCCCACUCCUGACUGAAAGUGAAUUUGGUACCACCAGAAUGUGGUACCACCAGAAUUGAGGUAUUAAGGAAAACACACUAUCAAAUGUUUUAUGCAUGUAGCUAUACUAUUUUGUCUGUGUAGCAUUUAAAUACUGUAAGUAGGCUAAAUGACGCUCAAGGGCUCAAGUUUCUCACUGCCAAUUCUGAGGCUGUGCUUGCAUGUGGUUGCCUAAUACCCAGUACUAAGUGAUAAUCUUAUGAUGGAGGGGAAAAUUACUUCAGCACACAUAUUCUCAUAGAUGUGUCCAUACCAAAUUAGGAACACACAAUAUUGGGUGUAUGUGGUCAUUGUUAGUUCAACUCGGGUCAGAACUAUGAUUGAGUGUCAGUUGGCAUUAAGACAGUAACACUAGUACUGUAUUUGAUUAGCGAUGUUGUGUCAUCCAUUACAGCCUAUUUACCACAUUGAUGAUAAUUGAUUAUGCAUUUCACAUUGUUUAAUGACAUCUAUUAUGGCAUUAGGCAUCCCAAGUUACAUCAAUAUUCUGAUGCAAGACAGAUGUUUUCUACAAAGCCAAUUUGGAGAGGGUUUUCUGAGUCAGAUGACAUUUAUACAUGAUCCACCAAAGAACCAUAACUGUUGAUAUUCACCCCAAACAAAUACUUUUGCAUUGAAGAAAUAACUUUAGUCUAAGUGCUAAUUCAUACAUUUUGUAGUCCUUGUGUACGUGUGCUGAAGAUGUCAGAUGUGAGGAGUGUGAGCCUUACAGGAUGAAGUAACAUAGGCAAAAUUGCCACGGGGACCAAAAGGUGCACCCAGGGGGGCCCAGGACCCUGCUCUAGUGUCUUAUUGCUUUGUCAUAUUCCUCUCUUAUUACUGCUACAGUCAAUAUUGGCAGCCAGCCAAUCCCAUAGAAUCAGAGCAUAUUCAGAACAGGUCGAUUUGGCCCCCUCUUUAAUUAUUGGGACAGUGAAGCAUCUUUUUCUUCUUUUGGCUCUAUACUCUAAAAGUUUGGAUUUUAAAUCAAACAAUGACUAUGAGAUUAAAGUGCAGACUGUCAGCUUUAAUUUGAGGGUAUUUUAAUCCAUAUUGGGUGAACCGUUUAGAAAUUACUGCACUUUUUGUACAUAGUCCCAUUUUAGGGGAGCAAAAGUAUUGUGACAAAUUAAGUAUUUGUUCCCAUAUUCAUAGCACGCAAUGACUACAUCAAGCUUGUGAUGCUACAAAUUUGUUGGAUACAUUUGCUCUUUGUUUUGCAUUUAAAAAUGUCUUUAAAAAUGUUUGGGGAGGACUCCCAGGACCCCCCAUCUACUGUCCCCCCCCCCCCAAUAUGUACACCACAAUUUUGCCCUUGUGAAGUAAUGACAUCCUUCACCCUUAGCAGUCGAGCUUGUUUUUCCAUCGAGGCUCUCAGUCGAAGAAGGGUGGUUUCAGUUAUACUUAACACAUGACAGAUGUUGAGAAUAGAGGAUGGAGAGAGAAUCUCAAAGGGAGCUCCUCAGUCUGACACCCAGCUCCUGCCUUCAGAGGUCCUGUGGUCAAGAUUCUAUACCCCAAUCCAUAUUUCUCAGUAUUCCACAAAGGGUAUUUUUAUGAUCUUAUCAAAUGCUUGAGGAAUAUAAUUUAUUAGAUUGGAAAAACACCAGACCUCUACAUUGUAUCAUAUAAUCCCAUAUCCUUACCCCCUCCUCUGCCCCCCAAAAUACAAUUUCCAUGUGAACACUUACCACCUGGCAGCCUGCACCUCACUCUCCUACCCCUGAGCUGUGUGCAGCAUGGGAAUGGUCCUAUUUACAGCCAGUUACCAGGCGGCUCUGGCCUGGGGAUUCUGCAGUAACUGUCUACAGUUACAAAUCACUCUGCCAGUUCCCAGUGGAACACAACACCGCCUCCGGGAGUCCAAAGGCCUGUAGACAUAGGGUGGUGCCCCUGAACGGCUACCUCAGUCAGGGAAGGCCACAGUAACCAGAGGCGUCUUGGAGGGAUACCCAUGGCAGGAUGGUGUCAAACCAGAGGGAACGUGACAGGGAAUUGUUGUGUGGCUGGCAGCAGGUGUGAUGGAGAUGCUUAAAGAGGCAAGGGAGCUGUUGCCGCCUCACGUGUCAUUAGGGAGUUAAGGAUCAGAAAGUGGAUAUGGGACAAAACAGGAAAACGGAUGGCCGAGAGGGAUAAAAAAAGAUGCUUAAACUAUGGGAAUCUGUGUUUUCCCUGGCCCGGGAGGCAAGCGGUUCAGAUCUGCACUGUUGCAUCUGCCUGAUGCCUUGCCAGGUCUGUAAUGAGUGCCUUUCAGAUAAGGUGCUUGUGUCAGCAGUUUAAAGGGUUCCUCAUGCAAGCGACCAGAGAAAGCUUUCCCGUAGGCAUUACCAAAUAGAACCGCCAUCAUCAGAAAGGGCCUUCGAAAUAGACCGACCGACACUGCAUUAAACCCAUUAUUCCAUUGAUUAAAUGUGUACCUCGAAACCAACUGAAUUUUUUCGAUCUUGUCUCAUCGCUGCAACUCCCCAACGGGCUCGGGAGAGGCAAAGGUGGAGUCAUGCGUCCGCCUAAACAUGACCCGCCUAACCACGCUCCUUAACACCCGCCAGCUUAACCCGGAAGCCAGCCACACCAAUGUGUCGGAGGAAACACUGUUCAACUGGCGACCAGGGUCAGCCUGCAGGCACCCGGCAUGCCACAAGGAGUUGCUAUAGCGCGAUGAGCCAAGUAAAGCCCCACCGGCCAAAUCCUCCCCUAACCCGGACGACACUGGGCCAAUUGUGCACCGUCCCUAUGGGACUCCCGGUCACGGCCGGUUGUGGCAGAGACUGGGAAUGAACCUGGGUCUGUAGUAACGCCUCUAGCACUGUGAUGCAGUGUAUAAACCUUUUUCUUUCCCCGUAACCCGCAACGGUUUGGAAAUUCAAUGCUCUGAUUCUAUGGGAUUGGCUGGCUGCCAAUAAUGACUGUAGCAGUAAUAAGAGAGGAAUAUGACAAAGCAACAGGUGAUUCAAAUAACAACUCAUCAUCAAGCUUUGAUUAUUUUAAUCAGCUGUGUAGUGCUAGGGCAAAAACCAAAAUGUGUGCCCAGGGGGAGGUGGCCCCAGGACCGAGUUUGGGAACCUGCACUAGAGUAGGUGUGUUAUUGUGAUUAUUGGUACGGCUGCAAUGUGGUCAAAGGUACGAGGCGAUGUUGAGUGGUUUAAUUCACAUCAAUGAACUGGCAUCUUCUUUACUGUCUCAUCUCACUUGUAGUCAACAAGAAAGUUGUGAUUUCCCAGAACCUCUGAUGUGUACAUUUGGGAACUACGUAGGCUAGGCCUACUGAGUAAGAUGGAUAAUUUAGCAUUGUUUGUGAGUGUCUGUAUUUCAGUGUUUGUGUGUGUGCAUUUUGGAAUACAGUGUACACACAGAGCUAUAUAGUAAACCCAGCAUUUGACAGUUUCUCUGUUCUAUAGAAUGCUGGAGAGAUCCUGUGUAGCGCCCCCUUGUGUGGAGGAGGAAUGACGACGCCCCCUCGAUGAGAGCAAUGGAGCUGAAAGUGUGGGUGGACGGAGUGCAGCGGAUCGUGUGUGGCGUCACAGAGCUCACCACAUGCCAGGAGGUGGUCAUCGCCCUGGCCCAGGCCAUUGGUGAGUUAAUCCAUCAGCAAUAUUGUCCAAAAAAGAAUUAAAGGGAUAGUUCAAGGGAUAAGUUGAAAAUAAGAUCAAACUAAAGUGAACUACUGUAUCCCUUUAAGCCUUACCAUAGUUCGUGUAAGAAUGCAUCCUUUCACAGGACACUAGCCCCACCCCCAUAACCUUCACUUCUAUGGGAUUGAGCCACACCCACAAUUUAUCUGAUUAGUCAAGUCAGCUGAAUCCUCACCUAUCUUCUAAUGAUUCUAAUGUGGAGCGUUUUGCCACAUCCACAGUGCAUGCAGCAUAUUUGACAGUCUGUUUCUGAAAGAUGCUAAAGAUAGUGGAGUGCACCAAGAUGAGAGUUGACUGGGAGUGAACAGAGAUUGUGAGAAUCAAGAUGAGCUGUGUUGGGAUGAUUCAUAGAUGUUGUGUCAUUGAGAUGCUCGCUGAGGAGAAUAGAGAACUACAGUACAUAAUGACUGUAUUGUAUUCCCAUGAUGAUACUGAAUUUAUGUAUGAGAAGCUAUUUCCCCAGCCACAUCUAGAGGCAACAAAAUAAGAUUUAAAGAAGCUGUCUGUUCCCACCGCUUCUAGGUAGAAAUAGCUGUAGAACCAGCAUGGAGCCACUUUUAAAGGUUCACCUCUUUGCAUUAUGGACCUGUACUGAACUGUCUGUGUGAGUAUGGCUCAGCCCGACAAUACCCUGCUUUCAUUCGUCUAUAGCCAUGAAGUGCUUUGAAAGGCUGAUCAUGGCUCACAUCAACAGCAUUAUCCCAGAAACCCUAGACCCACUCCAAUUUGCAUACCGCCCGAACAGAUCCACAGAUCUCCACACUGCCCUUUCCCACCUGGACAAAAGGAACACCUACGUGAGAAUGCUAUUCAUUGACUACAGCUCAGCGUUCAACACUAUAGUGCCCUAAAAGCUCAUCACUAAGCUAAGGACCCUGGGAAUAAACACCUCCCUCUGCAACUGGAUUCUGGACUUCCUGACAGGCCGCCCCCAGGUGAUAAGGGUAGGUAACAACACAUCUGCCACGCUGAUCCUCAACACGGGGGCCCCUCAGGGGUCGUGCUCAGUCCCCUCCUGUACUCCCUGUUCACCCAUGACUGCAUGGCCAAGCACGACUCCAACACCAUCAUUAAGUUUGCUGACGACACAACAGUGGUAGGCCUGAUCACCGACAACGAUGAGACAGCCUAUAGGGAGGAGGUCAGAGACCUGGCAGUAUAGUACCAGGAUAACAACCUCUCCCUCAACGUGAUCAAGACAAAGGAGAUGAUCGUGGACUACAGGAAAAGGAGGGCCGAGCACGCCCUCAUUCUCAUCGACAGGGCUGUAGUGGAGCAAGUUGAGAGCUUAAAGGUCCUUGGUGUCCACAUCACCAACAAACUAUCAUGGUCCAAACACACCAAGACAGUUGUGAAGAGGGCACGACAACACCUAUUCCCCCUCAGGAGACUGAAAAGAUUUGGCAUUGGUCCUGACAUCCUCAAAAAGUUAUACAGCUGCACCAUCGAGAGCAUCCUGACUGGUUGCAUCACCGCCUGGUAGGGCAACUGCUCGGCCUCCGACCGCAAGGCACUACAGAGGGUAGUGCGUACGGGCCAGUACAUCGCUAGGGCCAAGCUUCCUGCCAUCCAGGACCUCUAUACCAGGCGGUGUCAGAGGAAGGCUCUAAAAAUUGCCAAAGACUCCAGCCACCCUAGUCAUAGACUGUUCUCUCUGCUACCGCACAGCAAGUGGGACCGGAGCGCCAAGUCUAGGUCCAAAAGGCUUCUUAACAGCUUCUACCCCCAAGCCAUAAGACUCCUGAACAGUUAAUCAAGUGGCUACCUGGACUAUUUGCAUUAACCUCUACCUACAUGUACAUAUUACCUCAAUUACCUCGACUAACCUGUGCCCCCGCAGAUUGAUUCUGUACCGGUACCCUCUGUAUAUAGCCUUGUUACUGUUAUUUUAUUGUUGCUCUUUAAUUUAAAUUUAAAAAAAAUUAAACUUCAGUUUGAGUAAAUACUUAUUUUUCUUAACUGCGUUGGUUAAGGGUUCUACACCUGUUGUAUUCGGCGCAUGUGGCAAAUAACAUUUGAUUUGAUUUGAUGCUGUUUUAAUUUCAUACUGCUGUCAUUUCAUACUGUUUUAAUUUCAUACUGUUUUCAUUUAAUACUGCUGUGAAUUCAUACUUUUUUCAGUUCAUACUGUUUUCAGUUCAUACUGUUUUCAGUUCAUACUGUUUUCAGUUCAUACCGGCAUAGUUUUGCACUUGCACUUUGCACUGCUUAGAACCAAAAUUCUGUGGAGAUGUCAUGGUUUACAUAGGUCAUUUUUUUUUAGAGAAAAUACUUGGAGGUCCUAGAGGUAGCAUGUAAGGGUUAAAUGAAUCCAUUGGAUUUGUACAUGCUAUUCCAUUGUGAUCCAUGCACAGAUGCAUGAUUGUAGGACUAACAGUUAAAUGCUGUGUCUUUUCAUCAACAGUACAGGAGUUAUGGUCCAGGCCUCUUUUGUAUGUGUUCAGUCUUUUGUCUGGCCCAGGGCCACUUUGAUGUGAAAGGCCUUCAGCCAGAUUCAGCUGUAAUGACAACUGUGUUCCUUUCACGGUGGUUCUGCUGUUGAGAGGGGAAAGACUGUGGCUUGUGCUCUUAUCUGCAGCAGAACACACACACACACACACACACACACACACACACACACACACACACACACACACACACACACACACACACACUGAUUUGGGGCUGGAGGAAUUUUAUUGAACCGUACUCCAACCCUAGCAUGAAUGGGAACUGAACAACUGCUCCUAUAUUUGAAUAGAGAAAUUCCUGUUGGGUUCUUCCUGGAAAAAACAACCCAUUACUCUGAAAACUCUGCACAGUGCCCGCCCACUAAACUGUGUCUGAAAGCAAGCGGGGUAAUUGUGAAUGGAUCUGCCAUAGAGUUUCCCUGUUCUUAGCUGAGGUGAAAAGUUCAGAUUAGGGUUGGGAUAACAAUGACAAAGUCAAUGGUAGAUGAACUCUGUAGUCUGUUGCUACUGCAGAAUGUAGUCUAGCUACUGGUCUGUCUGUAACUGGUUCACCGUUUGGUAUGUGGCAAGAAAUAGCAAACAACGUGUUCUUUUUCAGCCGCGUGACUAGUGUACAUUGGUAAUCUAAGCUCAGUUACUUUGUAAAACUCUAUAUGAAUCCAAUUCAUUCAUCUGAUCAAAUUAUUCUCUCUUUCCCAGGGCGUACUGGCAGGUACACGUUGAUCGAGAGAUGGCGGGAGACAGAGCGCCACUUGGCCCCGCAUGAGAACCCUGUGGUGUCCCUCAACAAGUGGGGCCAGUAUGCCAGCGACGUGCAGCUGGUCCUCCAGCGCACCGGCCCCUCCCUCAGCGAACGUCCCAACUCCGACGGCUCAUCCCGCAUCCCUGAGCGCGGCCUCUAUCGCCAGAGCCUGCCUCCUCUGGCCAAGCUACACCCGGCGGCCAACGACCACUCGCUCAAGCGCCGGGAGCCCAAGCGUAAGUCCCUCACCUUCACAGCUGGGGCCAAGGGCCUGAGGGAUAUUUUUGGGAAGGGCAGAGAUGCCGAGGCCAAGCAGCAGCAGAGAGUGCUGAACCAGGGCAGGGGCGUGGUGUCUGUGCCCCCCAGUCCAGCCCGGGAGCUGGCGCACCUGGUCCAGCUGCAGAAGGACAAGCUCCAGCUGCUGGAGAGCCGGCUGCAGGGCUGCGAGGCGGAGCUACAUGGCUGGGAGAGAGGUGGUGGUGAUGGCGGUGUGUGCGUCGAGGGUGUCAGCGUGCUGGAGGAGGAGCUGGUGCAUCUGGAGCAGCAGCUGCGGAGGAACGAGGUGGAGAUGUCGGAGGAGGAGUUCUGGCAGAACGAGCUGCAGAUCGAGCAGGAGAGCGAGCGGCAGCUGAGGGAGCAGCUCCAGGAGCUGAUGGGACGGGUGCGGGAGUGCGAGGCCCGGCUGGGGGAAUACCUGACCCGUAUUCAGGGCAUGGAGGCAGGCCUGGAGCAGGAGACUGAGAUGAGCAGGCAGGUGGACGAGGAGGAGGCCCGGGCCCAGCUGGGGAAGGUCAGGGCGGAGCUGGAGCAACAGGUUCAACACAGAGUGCAGCUGGAGAGCAGCUGCAGGGCUGUGGACCGCUCACUGGGACAGUCCAGCAAGAAACUACAGGUGAGCUUUGAUAGAAAUACAAAUAUAUAGGAAAACAUUGAUUGUACAUACACAAAUUCAGCGUUUUAGGCAGGUGCUGGAGACACUGCAAUCUACGCUCCUAUGUGCUUUGACUGAUGAAGACUUAAGGGUUGAAACAGCAAUAGAGAGAGAAGUGCCAUACUAAAAUGUACCAUUGAUUCCUAAUGGUUUUGAAAAUAAUACAUGAUGUACAUAAACAAACACCUUAUGUAGAAUAGGGUUGUAAACAACAACAUUAAUCAUUGAUUGGAGGACACAAACACCUUAUGUAAAAUAGGGUUGAAAACAACAUUAAUCAUUGAUUGGAGGACACAAACACCUUAUGUAAAAUAGGGUUGAAAACAACAUUAAUCAUUGAUUGGAUGGUGAUUAUACUGUGAUGAUACCUUUUGCAGAAAUAAAUAUAAUGAACUAAGACACGUAAGCCCAUUUUACAGGGCUGCAUAAUGUCUGGAAUAUAUAUAUAUAUAUAUUUUACAUUCGUCUGGCGCUGAUGAAUAUUCGUUUGGAUUCAUGUCCUUGACAAAAUCAUGUUUACAAUGAAACAGAACUGUUUAUUAAUUCAAGCAUGGUUUCUCACUGCCUGGGAAGAAUGUUGUUUUUGAAGUUACUGGGUUUGAUUGAAUAGGGCCCUACUGUUUUUAGUAGGAACAUUUUGGAAGCCUCUUAUUAGUCCCCAUGAUGUAACGUUUACUUACAGGGUGGGGUACACCACAUAGGCUGCGUUUAGACAGGCAGCCCAAUUCUGAUCUUAUUUUCACUAAUUGGUCUUUUGACCAAUCAGAUCAGCUCUGAAAAAGAGCUGGUGUGAAAAGAUCUGAUGUGAUUGGUCAAAAUAUCAAUUAGUGGAAAAAAUAUCAGAAUUGGGCUGCCUGUCUAAAUGCAGCCAUAGAGUGGGCGUGAGGUUAAAAAAAAGAAAAAAUAUUUGGGUGGUGAAUUAUACUACUGGUGAUUUUGGGGCCUGAAAAGAACUACAGAUCUACUCCACCAGACUAGACUUCCAUUACUCUUUCCAUAGAACCAACUCUUCCUUAGCUGGGGCCUAGAAUGACCGCUCCUUUAUUAGUGGGUUUAACCACCUGCAACAUGUAUGUUACCGUACAUUUUCUGUUUUUAAAGGUUCUCAAUGCAACAAUUCCACCUGCAAAUAGCCUUAAAUGUAAAGGAAUACAAUUCCACGAGAGAAAAAUAUAAUAUUUUAAACAUCGUAUGAAUCUAUAAAGUUGCUUGUUAGCCGUGAGUGGCCAGACGGGCCCCCAUCAGUGGACAAACCGAGUAUACAGGGAAGUGGAACUGUGACAGGAGAAACUGCAGGGGAAGUAAAUGACUUGUUGACUGGUUGUUUGUUGCAGGAGAAGGAGCAGGAGUUGGAGCAAUUGACCAGGGAGCUGAGACAGGUGAACCUUCAGCAGUUCAUCCAUCAGACUGGCACCAAGGUCACUGUUCUACCAGCCCAGCCCAAUGACCAGGAGAAUAACACAGGUACACACAAGUAUUACAAAGCAUCCUAGUCAGAUUGUUUUUGCCCAAUCUGGGCUCAGACAUUUCAAACAUUGUUCUAUUAUCCAACACUACCCCCUAGUGGAAGUUAAUAUACCAUCUUUGGUUUUUGUAAAGCUCAUUAUAUGGCUAGUAAUGUCACUUUUUGUCACACCACAGUCAAAUCUACACACUAACUGCUCAACCUGAAAGUAAGAAUUCUAAAAAAUUGUUAUUAAAAAUACCACUUAACAUUGACUUCUUGAUUACUUCCUCCUCCCCCCUCUCUCCAGGCUCGCUGAAACGGCUGGGCUCCUCCCGCCUCCUCCCCAGUGACCUCCGGGCUCUGCAGAGUCCAGUGUCUUCAGGCCUCAACCCUGAGGGCAUCUACGUCUGACCCCUGACCUUUACCUUCUGCUGGCUACCAUCAGUGACCCUCUGCUGGAAUUGAGUUGGCUUCUCCCCUGGAGGAUCCAUCUCUUAUCAUCUCCAUUGGAGCUCCUCCAGAGGAGGCUGGUGGGAGGAGC